GGGAGUUUCUGCAGCGGAAUGAAAGCUCUGCAGCUAGGUCCUCGCAUCUGCCAUUUGUCCUUUCAAACUGCGUUGUAAUACCCACGGGCCGGACAAGUCGACGAGAGCGGGGACCAGCCCCCCCCCCCAUCCAGCCCCCCACCCCCACCGGCCGUAUCUCCGCCCGUGUUUACUUUCCAUAUUUCUUUUCUCUGCUCUCCUGCUACUCGGCUGGCCCAGGGAUGCCUCCUUCGCUGCAGCGGCCCCGGUGGGUGCCGUCGCUCCUGUGGACCGUCCUGCUGGUCAGCACUGCGGCCGCUUCUCAGAACCAAGAACGUCUAUGUGCAUUUAAAGAUCCAUAUCAACAAGACCUUGGGAUAGGUGAGAGUCGAAUCUCUCAUGAAAAUGGAACGAUAUUAUGCUCAAAAGGUAGCACUUGCUAUGGCCUUUGGGAGAAAUCAAAAGGGGAUAUAAAUCUCGUAAAGCAAGGAUGUUGGUCUCACAUUGGAGAUCCUCAGGAGUGUCACUAUGAAGAAUGUGUAGUGACUACUACUCCUCCCUCAAUUCAGAAUGGAACAUACCGUUUCUGCUGCUGUAGCACAGACUUGUGUAAUGUCAACUUUACUGAGAAUUUUCCACCUCCAGACACAACGCCACUCAGUCCACCUCAUUCAUUUAACCGAGAUGAGACAAUAAUCAUUGCUUUGGCAUCAGUCUCUGUAUUAGCUGUUUUGAUAGUUGCCUUAUGCUUUGGAUACAGGAUGCUGACAGGAGACCGUAAACAAGGUCUUCACAGUAUGAACAUGAUGGAGGCAGCAGCAUCAGAGCCCUCUCUUGACCUAGAUAACCUGAAACUGUUGGAGCUGAUUGGCCGGGGUCGAUAUGGAGCAGUAUAUAAAGGUUCCUUAGAUGAGCGUCCAGUUGCUGUGAAAGUGUUUUCCUUUGCAAACCGUCAGAAUUUUAUCAAUGAGAAGAAUAUUUACAGAGUGCCUUUGAUGGAACAUGACAACAUUGCUCGCUUUAUAGUUGGAGAUGAGAGAGUUACUGCAGAUGGACGCAUGGAGUAUUUGCUUGUGAUGGAGUAUUAUCCCAAUGGAUCUCUAUGCAAGUAUUUGAGUCUCCAUACAAGUGAUUGGGUCAGCUCUUGCCGUCUGGCUCAUUCUGUGACUAGAGGAUUGGCUUAUCUCCAUACAGAAUUGCCACGAGGAGAUCAUUAUAAACCUGCAAUUUCCCAUCGAGAUUUAAACAGCAGAAAUGUCCUGGUGAAAAAUGAUGGAACUUGUGUUAUUAGUGACUUUGGAUUGUCUAUGAGGCUGACUGGAAAUAGACUGGUACGCCCAGGGGAAGAAGAUAAUGCAGCCAUAAGUGAGGUUGGCACAAUCAGAUAUAUGGCACCAGAAGUUCUAGAAGGAGCUGUGAACCUGAGGGACUGUGAAUCAGCUUUGAAACAAGUAGACAUGUAUGCACUUGGACUCAUUUAUUGGGAGAUAUUUAUGAGAUGUACAGACCUCUUCCCAGGUGAAUCUGUACCAGAAUACCAGAUGGCUUUUCAGACAGAAGUUGGAAACCAUCCCACUUUUGAAGAUAUGCAGGUUCUGGUAUCUAGGGAAAAACAGAGACCCAAGUUCCCAGAAGCUUGGAAAGAAAAUAGCCUGGCAGUGAGGUCACUCAAGGAGACAAUCGAAGACUGUUGGGACCAGGAUGCAGAGGCUCGGCUUACUGCACAAUGUGCUGAGGAGAGGAUGGCUGAACUUAUGAUGAUAUGGGAAAGAAACAAAUCUGUGAGCCCCACAGUCAAUCCCAUGUCUACUGCUAUGCAGAAUGAGCGCAACCUGUCACACAAUAGGCGUGUGCCAAAGAUUGGCCCUUAUCCAGAUUAUUCUUCUUCCUCAUACAUUGAAGACUCCAUCCAUCAUACUGACAGCAUUGUGAAGAAUAUUUCCUCCGAGCAUUCGAUGUCUAGCACACCUUUGACUAUAGGGGAAAAGAACCGGAACUCAAUUAACUAUGAACGGCAGCAAGCACAAGCUCGAAUCCCUAGCCCUGAAACAAGUGUCACCAGCCUGUCCACUAACACAACAACCACAAACACCACUGGCCUCACUCCAAGCACUGGCAUGACCACUAUAUCUGAGAUGCCAUAUUCAGAUGAAACCAAUCUGCAUGCCACAAAUGUUUCACAGCCAAUUGGGCCAACCCCUGUCUGCUUACAACUUACAGAAGAAGACUUGGAGACCAAUAAGCUGGACCCAAAAGAAGUUGAUAAGAACCUCAAGGAAAGUUCUGAUGAGAAUCUCAUGGAGCAUUCUCUUAAACAGUUCAGUGGACCAGACCCACUGAGCAGUACCAGUUCUAGCUUGCUUUACCCACUUAUAAAACUUGCAGUAGAGGUGACUGGACAGCAGGACUUCACACAAGCUGCAAAUGGCCAAGCAUGUUUAAUUCCUGAUGUUCCACCCGCUCAGAUCUAUCCUCUCCCCAAGCAGCAAAACCUUCCUAAGAGACCUACUAGUUUGCCUUUAAACACCAAAAAUUCAACAAAGGAGCCCCGGCUGAAAUUUGGCAGCAAGCACAAAUCAAACUUGAAACAAGUAGAAACUGGAGUUGCCAAGAUGAAUACAAUCAAUGCUGCAGAACCUCAUGUGGUGACAGUCACCAUGAAUGGUGUAGCAGGUAGAAACCACAGUGUUAACUCCCAUGCUGCCACUACCCAGUAUGUUAACGGGGCAGUACCAUCUGGCCAGGCAGCUAACACAGUGGUACAUAGGGGCCAAGAAAUGCUGCAGAAUCAAUUCGUUGGUGAGGAUACCCGACUGAAUAUUAAUUCCAGUCCUGAUGAACAUGAACCUUUGCUGAGACGAGAGCAGCAGGCUGGCCAUGAUGAAGGUGUUCUGGAUCGUCUUGUGGACAGGAGGGAACGGCCACUGGAAGGUGGCCGAACUAAUUCCAAUAACAACAACAGUAAUCCAUGUUCAGAGCAAGAUGUUCUUACACAGGGUGUUCCAAGCACAGUAGCAGAUCCUGGACCAUCAAAGCCCAGGAAAGCACAGAGGCCCAAUUCUCUGGAUCUUUCAGCCACAAAUGUCCUUGAUGGCAGUGGUUUGCAGUUAGGUGAGUCAACACAAGAUGGAAAAUCGGGAUCUGGUGAAAAGAUCAAGAAACGUGUGAAAACUCCCUAUUCUCUUAAGCGGUGGCGCCCCUCCACCUGGGUCAUUUCCACUGAACCACUGGACUGUGAGGUCAACAACAAUGGCAGUGACAGAGCAGUUCAUUCCAAAUCCAGCACCGCAGUUUACCUUGCAGAAGGAGGCACUGCCACAACUAUGGUGUCUAAAGAUAUAGGAAUGAACUGUCUGUGAAAUAUUUUCAAGCCUUUGGAGUGAAAUUAUUUUUUGCAUCAUUUAAAUGUGCAGAAGACAUUUAAAAGAAACUGCUUUAUCUUCCUGUCAGUAUCCCCUCUCACCCCUGCAACAGGACUUGCUUUAAAUAGAUUUCAGCUAUGCAGAAAAAUUUAGCUUAUGCUUCCAUAUUUUUUAAUUUUGUUUUUUUAAGUUUUGCACUUUUGUUUAGUCUCAUUAAAGUUAUAUUUGUCUGUUAUGACCACAGAAUUAUAUGUGUGUGUAUCAAAAGUGGUCUCAAAAUAUUUUUUUAAGAAAAAAAGCAAAAACAGUGUAUUGCUGAUAAUCAGUUUGGACCAGUUUCUAAAGGUCAUUAAAACAGAAGCAAAUUAAGACAGGUUUGACUGCAGUGGUGUCUGAUAUCCAUGUUUUAUUUCUGGGCACAAGCUAGUUUAUAUGUUGAACUGUUCCUGAACAUAUUAUCUGUUGGACAUUCUUUUCUCUUGUGUUUUGUUUGAAUGUGCAAUAGUCUAUAGUCCACAAAUAAACUUUCUUGUAAGCUCUCUUCCUAACAGAGCACACAUUCUUCCAUAAUAAGUACAUUUUUCUGUCCCUCCCCCCCAUACAGGUCAGUUCUAUGGCAGUGAUUUUUGCACAAGAGAAAGCAGCUACCUGAUUUCUUGCUUUCUCUCUCCUUAUGGAGAAUGCAGAAACGUUGUCUCAAAGGGCUCUAAAGAAAGAACUACCAAAACCUAAUUUGAAAUGCCAUUUCUUUUAACCUUCCAAGUCCUAAAUGUUUCUUUCCAGGCAUUUUAAUAAACAUAUUUGGUUCUGGUUUUUGGAAGUUCAUAAGAGAGCAUAGAACAAAGUAGACAAGUCAAAUAUUAACUUUCUUCAUUUUAUUUUAUUUUUAUAUGUAUGUUCAUGUUCCAUAUUCAUUUAUUUAAAAAGCACAUUUUUAUCAGAAAACUUAUAGAGCUAUACUUAUAUGGAAUUUUUAAGUAGGUAGAUGGUUAAGACUAUAUAGUGUUAUAGCCUUCAUUAUCUGAAUAGGCCAUCUUUGAUUCAAAAUUACAUUUCCUAUUUAAAAUAACUUCAAAAGUAAUUCAUAGUUUUGAACCAGUAAUAUCUUUUUAUUCUCUUCCCAAACAAAGCCUGGUGACUUACCUGAAAAUGAGUCUUCUUCCCAUGACCUAAAACACUGUGUGGAAAAAUCAUUCAUCUGGCAUGCCAAAUCCCUGUGGAAGGAAGGAUUGCUGCCAAACCUAUCAUUUUUGAGCAGACUGAGGCUUACCUCUCUUUUUUCAAAACUGUUUCUCCACUAAUCAUAUCUUCAUAAUUUGUCUUUUGGCCAGCUUUUCAUAUGAUCUUUAAUAUGUGAGCAGCAUUUAUUAUUUACAUUAUAUUACAGUAUACUUUUUAGUGAUAACAUGUUAUGUAUCCUUCAAGUCAUAUUGUUUUUUUUAAAACAGCUUCCUUUGCUUCUUUCGUUACUGAUAAUUAUUUCUAAACAACAACCUCAGCAUGUUUUUUUUUUUAAAUAAAGCACUUUAUGUCAAAUAAGGGACUUUUUUUAUAAGCACAAAUUAUUUUCUAUCAAUUUGCAAACAGUGAUGAUCUCACUUAAUUUUUCCAGAUUCUCAGAGUACUUAAUAGAUGUUAUUUAACUAAGUUCUAAGAUUUCUCUGGAAGAUAGAAAGCUAAGAGAAAACACAAACCCCCAUAUUCUUGCUUUUAGGUUAUUAUCUCUUGAACAAUAUUUUCUCACUCAUAUUCCUCUGUCUUCAUCAUUUAACUAAAGAUAACAUUAAUUUCCCAAUUUGCUGUCCAAAAUAUUUGUAACUUACUAUAUAAGCCUUCUGUUUUUUGCCAUCUACUAUGAUCCUAUGAGUUAGAUAUUACAACACUUAACAUUUAUUCUGAUGGAUGGCUGAACACAGUUUUGAAUUUUUAGAAUUAAGAUUAUCUUUCUAGUGCCCAGGACUUCCACUUGUUUUGUUUUAUUGGCCCUUCUCUUGAUUCAGGUCCUUAUGGCAUAAUUCUUCUGUCUAUGUAACAAAUUAUUUAUAUCUUCCCCACCAAACUUGCACUUAGUUCCCUUGCCUUUAAAUGUUUUUGAACUGCAUUUCAUUUUUUUCAAACAUUUGUAGGAUAUCUUUGAAUUAAAGUAAAUUAUAUUCCUUCUCCAGUUGAAAGCAUUGAGGAUAAAUGACCAUUUGAGGUCUAACUGAUCUUUUCCUGACAGAAGAGUUACCUUAUGUUCUACUUUACUUUGUGUUUAGGCUAGUUGGUUGUAAUUUUUCCAGCAUCUUUUUUUUUCUUGAUGUUUAAUAAUAAAAUGCUUUCAAGAAUUAACAUACCAAAUUAAAGGAAUCCUUAUAAGUUCUCCAUUUCAUGCAAGCAUAUUUAAAACAAAUAAUUUUUUCCUAGUUUUUUAGUAGAUUCUUUAAAAAUAGGAAAAGCCAAAAGUGUAGAUCACUUUAAUAAAUUUUAAAUUAAAUUGUACAUCAGACUGAUUUAGAAUCUGUAAUAUAUAAGCAAGCAAAAUUACUUAAAAUACUUGGUAAUUUCAUUCAUCUAAUAAUGUUUCUUAAAGCUAAUAUUUAACUGCUAGCACAAUAUUUUGCAUGUAGAAAAGCAUUUGGAUCCUUUGAAUAAAGGCCAUUUAAUGAAAAAGAUAUUAAAACUCAUUUUGCUAGUUUAACAACCUUAAAAGCAUCAUAAUAGGUAAUCAAAUACUAAUAUUAAUUCCCUGAACCAUCUUAAUUGUAUGUCAGAACUAAAUCAUUGAAAGAAUUUGAUCUGAAUUGGAUUUAGACAAAAUUUAUUUAAUUAUAAUUACUAACAAUAUCCUCCCUUCAUAAAAUCAUAAUUUGGGGGGAAGACCAAUAUCAGUGUAAAAUGUUAUGAAAAGGCACAGGAAUUAAAUAAUACUAAUUGAUGACUUGUUAUAUACUGAAUGCUGGUAUCUAUAUACACAAUCUCUUUUAAUCCUCAUAGCAACCAUUUAAGGAUUUUAGUUAAUAUUCCCACUUUACAGAUUGAGGAAAUUGAAGCUAAGAAAGCUAAGUCAUUUGCCCAAGUUCCACAUCCUAGUAAUAGAGAAAGCUGGAUUUUAACCUGGGUGUGCCUCUCCACAUCUCUCUCAUCUACACCACACUGCCUACACAAUGUAUGACAGGAUAUGUAAUAUAUGACAUGUUGUAAGAAAUUCAGUCAUUACACUCCAGCACAAUUGUGGCUUGUAUACAAGCCAAACCAGAUAUCUUAAUGACUUUAGAAGUCAGGCGAACAAGAGACAUGUAGACAUGUCUAUGCUGAGUGUUGCUUGAGAAAUAAUUAAUAAUUCAGAUAAAAUUCAAUCCCACAUUUGCCAUCAUGAAUCCUAAAAUUAUUUCAGUUCUCUUCACUCCUGAUAUUCUUACAUUGUAGAACUAAAAGAUAAAGUAAACUUUAAGGGGAAGUGAAGGUGGCUUGUGGGAACAAAGACUUUCCACUAAAUUGAUUCCAUACUUGAUUUGGAGGAAUUAAUUUAACAUGGAUUUUAAGUCUCAUCAAUCCUUUGACUGCAUCUUGAAAAUUUCUGCUUGUAGUGAUGCAGAAAAUUUUAGUAAUCCAGAAAACUAAUAAUUGAAGAGGACAUAGGAAAGAUACAAGGAUAAGAUCUUUUUUUAUAAAGCAGUCUCAAUAGCUUCCUUGCAUGGACCCACUUAUUCCAGAAAAUAUACGUUGGUUCUGAAUAUAAAAAUAAUUAAAGAGAGGUGGGAACACUCAAGUAACUGUGUUUCAGUGGGAAUUGUCACAAAAUUUGGGAAGUAUUUUUAUUUAAAAUAUUCUUUAAAAAACUAAAUAAAAUAUUUUCAAGUUUGGCGUCUAAAGCCAAGUAGAAUACCUGGUAGAUUAUAGUUAUUUACUGAACUUUCCAUUCUCAAAGUCAUUUACAAUGGAAAAAUAUUUCAAUAAACUUUUUGUUUCUUUUUAAAAUAUUUAUGGAAAUGAAUAUUUCAUUGGAAAUAUUCAUUGACCUUGAGAUUACAUUGUAUUCCUAUACAAUCCUUUAUAAAUUUAUGUUGAACUUGCUACCAGUUAUGUGCAGGUUAUUGCAUAACUAUUCACAGAUCGCUUUAUAUAUUACUUUAUCUUCCAAGCUAACUUAUUAGAAUUGGUACACACGUUAGUUGAUUUUCUAGACCUGUUAUUCCAGAAAUUGUGUAACACUCCCACAUACACCCCAGGAGUUUUUUUUUUUUUUUUCAGAUUGAGUUGUUUCUAAAUAUACUUUUUACUGUCAGUUUGCUCUUCAGCAGAUAAGAUUGCAUCUUAACUUCUAGGUUCUGAACUAUGCAAAUGUCAGCCAAAACUACCUUACAUGAUCCACUCUUAAAUAUACUCCUUGAUCUAGUAAAUCUGGCAAAACAUUGUUUGAGCUAGUUACACAAAUGUUAUUAUCAAAAGAAGGCUUUUCUAUAGUUUCUCAGAUUAAACUAACAUAGAAGAAAAGAGGAAAUCUCAGGGUGCUCUGGUGCACCUACACAUUACUUGCCUUCAAUCACCUUUUAGUUUGUGUCUGACUCACUCUAUCCCUCGGUUAUCUGACUUGCAAUCUUCCGUGUCAGGAAGAGUUUCUUCAUGUCUAUUCUGUUUCCCUCCUAUUUCAUUUUAUGUGUAUUUGUCUCCUCCAGCAGUAAAAAAAAGAGAGCAGUUGGCCGUCUUCUUGGCCAGUAUUGUUAUUUUUCAUUAUGCUUCAGGCUUCUCAAUUAACAUCUAAGUCUCAGUUCUUCAGACAAAAUUGCUUUGGUUCCCUUAACAUUUCUUUCUCAGCCCUAUUUUAAUAACUAUUUAUACUUAAGAACACCUAAAAUUAUAUUUUAUGUUAUAUUCAAAUUCAUUACUGCAAUUAAGUAAUAAUAGUUCUGUAGGCUAGAAUUGAGAAUUCAGAUGUUACCAUUUGAUGAUGGAUCCAACCAUCAGAUUGUCAGAAAAUCAGCACUUAAUUUAAGUUUUGUAUUAUCUAACAUUUUCUAUUAAAUUGUUGAGUUUUAUGAUUUUUAUAUUCUCAUUAGUCAUAACUAAAAAGCCAUGCAUACAGAAUUGUAUAUAAUUUUGCCAUUACAAUUUUUUGACCUAUAUUGCAGCAAGCUUAGCAUUGUGAUCAAGGCACAACAUUUUACAUAUUUCUUUGUAUCAAAUAUUAAACAAAAAUGCAAGAUUAACUUUCAAAACAAACCAUACAAUAAUCAGGUAUUAUCUGUGAACAUUUUUGCAGACCACUUUUGAAAUGCUUAUUAUUUUGCAACAUAGACUGGACUGUAACAACUUUCAUUUAAAUUUUAAGUGGCUGGUUAAAGUUGAGUGUUUGUGCAUAUAAAGAAAAAUAUAGGAUUUUAUCUCAUGGCUAAUGCAUUUGAAAGUAAAUAAUUCAGAGGAUUUAAUGCUGUGUAUUAAAAUUAGACCCAAAUAAAUCUAUCAUAUCUUAAAAAUUCCAAUUCCGUUAUUACUGUGAUGUUCAUAGUGUUACUAUCAAUUGUGGUGACAUUCUUUUUUUUAAACUUAAUUUUCAACCCAGAUUCUAAAAUUUGGGUAAGAGAGAAGAAAUCUUUAGAAAUAAAUCACAUCACUAGGGCAUCCAGUUUAUGAUUGAAUUUUUAAACAAAUUACUGUAUUUUAAACUACAACUUUUAAAAAAUGUUUCAAAAGGCAGCAUGUAGGAUUUUUGCAUUUUAUUUGUACUUCUAGAUUUCAGAAACAUCUUCAUGUUUUAGACUCACUCUAUAGACAUAAUAUUACUUAAAAACUCAGGGCCCUUUUCAUCCCUUUGCACAUGAGAAACUUUAAUUGAUAGCAAACAAGCAAUUAGUCCAGUUGAAUAUUUAAAGUGUUUGUUGCACAUACAGUUCACUUAAUGUUUCAUCUUAUGAUUUGACUUAAUUUGCAUAGACAUAAUAUCAUAUUUCAUUAAUCAUAAAAACUUGCCCAGUUCCAUAAUUACUGAAUAGAGGGAAAUGACUCAACUAAUUGGCUACGUGUUGCAGCCUAUUUAGGCCUUUAGAGUUGAAGCACCAUCUUACAACCAUUUCUCAUUGGGUAAAUGGUUAUACACGAUGGGACAAAUCAUUUCAUUUUGCUUUGUUUUUUAAUGGGAGAACUUAGUUAAGCUGUUCCCCUGAGAUAAAAUUUUCAUGAAGUAAUUUAACAUUAUAAAACUCUCUUCUAAAAGUGAAUUAAUGAGCUUAUAGCUUUAGUUCUAGUUUGGAUGGUUUUGAAAAGGUAACCUAUGGUAAGCUAUUUAUCACCUUGUCAGAUCCAAAUAGAAUUUUUCCUUCAAUCAGACAAGUCCAAGCUCCAAACUGAUAUGCUAUAUACUUAAAAUCCUAGCAGUGAAGUUAUUUGUAACCAGUCUCUUGUCUCAGGCUCUCCACCAUAUUACCAACCCUCUUACAUAUGAUAGGGAAACACUUCUAAAGAAGCUUAAUAGUAAGAAAACUAAAUUACUAAAAGAUGCAAUUCAAAGAUAGGUUCUGGUUAAAGUUGAAUUGCUUGGCUUCUGUGGCUUUUCUUUUUCUUGUCACAUUUAUUUAUUGAAAGUUUUUGUAUGCCUUAUUGUCAUGUUUCCAUGGAAAUUAUAUUGUGUAAGUGUUUGUAUAAGCUGGAAUCAUCCUUAAUUUUCUGUUGAUAAUUUUUCAAAUGAAGAUAAGUGGAUAAUUGUAAAGUACACUAACUCUUAGGGUGUUGUAGUAGCUGAAACAUGGAGAUGUGUAGCUGCCAUGCUUUUUCUGAAUGGACAGGAGAAACAUAAGCUACAGAGUAUUCAUUUCUGAGGAUGCUUUUCUGGAAUAAGAAAGGCUGAAAAAUAUUGGCAAUUCCUCAGAACCCUCUUUCUUGUUAACGGGUAUCUUUUGUUGGUGUGUUUUGCUCUACAUUACAGAUAGAAUAUCAUAUGAAUUUAUGAAUAAUUACUUUCAGUUAUUUUGCUUUUGUAAAAGCUGUCUGAGACCUUGCUAUGCUGUAUAAGUUGUGUUUGAUGGAUCAGUGUGAGUAUGAAAUAAAGCAAAUCACUUUUCUUUUGUAUUAUCUAUGGAUGCCACUAUGAAAGCUGACAUUAAGCCACUAAAGAGUUUUUUAUGAAUAAUUGUAAGUAAAUGCUUUGAUAUAUAUAAACCUAAAUAAAAAGAUUGUAUUGCUACAGAGACAUUGGAGAAGGAGAUUUUAAGACAGUUCUUUAGGUUUAAAAAAAGGCUUGCUGUAAAAUGGUGCAUUAUUCCAUUUAUUAAAGAUCAUAUUAAUGACAACA